AUCCACAAAAAUUGUGGCUAAGAAAUUUAUUGUUUAUUUGUCGUCAUUAAAAUUUUGUAAACUGUGAGCUCAGAGUUACAAAAACAUGACUACAACCUCAGAGUUAGACACUUGUGUCUUUCUUUUCGCAAAGGAUAGAUUGGCUGAGGUUGUCCGUCUGAGAAAGGAGGAAAGCUGAAAACCCAGAUCAAGAGUUGAAAGAAGGAGCUGAUCUUGCAAAAUUAAGAGAUCUUGUUACAGGACCUGAAGGAGUAUCAGGAGCUGACCAAUUAGACACAGUCGACUGAACGACGAUUGGUUGAGGUUGUCUGUAUGAGAAAGGGGGACUGCUGGAAACACAGAUCAAGCGCUGAAAGGAGGAGUUCUUCAUGAUCUUGCAAAACUAAGAGGAGGCAUAUUUGGUCUUGUGCUUUUAGAAGGAAAAAAAAUACAAAAACAAAAAAACUACUUUUGAAAAAAUGGAGAUCAUUUCGUUAAUCGUGGGAAAAAUAAUAGACUACUCAGUUGGUCCAGUCGGACAACAGUUUGGUUAUCUUGUUUUGUACAAGAGCAGUAUUGCAACUCUUAAAGAGAAAUUUCAGAGGAUACUUGAGAAGAAGGAGGCAGUGCAACAAUCUGUUAUUGGAGCUCAAAGGAAUCAGGAAGUAGUCGCAAGUGAAGUUAACACCUGGCUAACAAGUGUGGAGAAAAAAAUUGAAGAAAUCGAGAAAUUCCUUGAAGAAGAUGUCAAAGCUAAUACGAAGUGCUUGAAUGGUUGGUGUCUUGAUUUGAAGCUACGCUAUUCCUUGGGUAAGAAAACUCAGAAGAAUAUUCGAGCUAUCGUUGAGUUACUAGAUGAAGAAGGUGGAAGAUAUGAUAGGGUGUACAACCCUGCACCUCCAAGGGAAGUAAGAUCAUCAUCUACAGAUCAAUGGUUUAAGGAUUUUGAAUCACGAAAAUCAACGAUUCAAAAUGUUUUGAAUGAUCUAAAGAAUGAAGAUAUCGACAUGAUUGCAUUAUGGGGUAUGGGAGGGAUUGGCAAGACAAAAAUGGCCAAAGAGAUUGAGAGAAGAGUGAAAUCUGAAAAUUUAUUCCAUAAAGUUGCCUUUGCAACGGUGUCUCAAAGUCCAAGUUUGACAAAGAUUCAAGCCGAACUUGCAGAAUCGCUAGGUACGAGACUUCAAGUAGAGUUUUUACAUGGAAGAGCAAAUGAAUUAUAUUCAAUAUUGACUGAGAAUGAGAAUGAGAAUGUUCUUGUGAUAUUGGAUGAUGUUUGGGAACCACUUGAUAUUGAGGAUAUUGGAGUUUACCAAGCAAUUAAAGAAAAGAGCUGCAAAAUCUUGUUGACGACAAGAAACAAAGAAAGUUGCAAUGGGAUGAGGAUUCAACCGAAGAUUUUUCCAGUUGAACUUUUAUCUGAGGAAGAAGCGUGGAAUCUUUUCAAAGAAAUGGCUGGUGAUUGUAUCAAUUCCUCUGAUCUAAUCUCAAUAGCAAAAGAAGUUGCGAAGGAAUGCGCACAUUUACCCCUUGCCAUUGUGAUAGUUGGACGUCUUCUUAGCAACAAAAGCGACAAAAAUGAGUGGAAAGCCGCACUUCAACAACUUAAAAUGUCUAGGCCACUAGAUAUCAAUGGUCUGCAUUCAAAGGUAUAUUCCAGCAUAGAGCUCAGUUACAACUAUUUAAAAAGUGACGAAGCCAAAUCAUGCUUUUUGCUAUGUUGUUUGUAUCCUGAAGAUCAUGAUGUUCCGAUUGAACAUUUAGUCAGGUAUGGAGUUGCAAAACGGUUUUCUAAAGGCUUGGAUACUGUGGAAGAAACAAGAGUAUAUGUACAUGCAAUAGUUAAGAAUCUUAGAAGAUUAUAUCUCUUGUUAAAUAGCUACAAGUACGAAUGCGUCAAAAUGCAUGAUGUUGUACGAGAUGUUGCCAUAUCAAUUGCAUCCAAAGAAGAAAAUGGUUUUAUGGUAAAGUUGGACAAAGGACUCAAAGAUUGGCCACCGACGGAUAGAUCAUAUGACAGUUACACCGCAAUGUCUCUUUUACUUGAAGAAAUGAAAGGGCAUCCUACUGAGUUGAAGUGUCCCAAACUUCAACUUUUGCAACUAUCAUGUUUAAACCAUUCAAAAACGUUCCCAGACAAUUUCUUUAAUGGCAUGAAGGAGCUGGAGAUGUUGUCUAUGAAAAAAGGUUGCUUCUCCUCAACAUCUUUGCCACUAUCAAUCAAGAUCCUCAAGAACCUUCGAAUGCUGAAUCUGCAAAGUUGUCGCUUAGGAGAUGUGUCGGCAAUUGGAACUCUUGGAAACCUAGAAAUUCUUGGCUUUCCUAAUUCGGAGAUUGAGGAAUUGCCGUUGGAAAUAGGAAAGCUUAGUCGAUUAAAAUUACUAGAUAUGGAGCGAUGUGGAUCUCUAAAAAGAAUUGCAGCUGGUGUAUUAUCUGAUUUAUCUCGACUAGAAGAAUUAUACGUGGGAGGAUUCAAGAAUUGGGGAUGUACGACUAUGAUGGAGGGAAAUGGAGAAGUAACAAAUAAUAAUGCAAGCCUUGUUGAACUAAUACAUUAUUCCAGUCAACUGGUGGUUUUAGAAAUCAGUGUACCAAGUAUCUUGUGCUUGCCAAAAGAUUUGCACUUCAGUCACUCCGAUUUCAGAUUUCAUAUAGAGAUUGGUGAUAUAUAUCGUUCUUUAGGAGAUACGAGAUAUUUCUUUAAAAAUACUUUGGAACUCAAAAUGGAGGAUGCAAGUGAUCUUGAGGAACACCAAACAAUUCGUUCACUAUUGAAGAAAGCUGUAGUUUUGCGGUUGGAUAUUGCAAAAAAUUCAAAACACAUUCGGUUUGAGAAAGAGCAAAAAGGAAUUUUACCAUGCAACUUGAAGCGUCUAGAGAUUUGUGGAUGUGAAGAUUUAGAAUAUCUACUCGAAGCCACAUCGGAUAGUUCUCCACCUAAUACCUUCCAUCUCCUGGAGUCACUAGAAUUAAAUGGCUUACCAAGGCACAUGAUUGGCAUAUGUAAUUCCACGGAUUCAAUUGAGAUUACAUUGACAAAGCAAGAUCAGAAGGAAAAUGUGAGUGAGACUGAAAAUCAAACGAAGAUGUUGUCUCUGUUUCCACACAACUUGGUUGAAAGUUUGGAAAAUCUACAACAACUUCUUGCAGUUCGAUGUGAUUCAUUGGAAGUGAUAUUUGAACUUGAGGGGCUAAAUGCUGAAGAAAGCAAUAUCUUCAAUAACUUGACAAAGUUGGAAUUAAGGUAUUUACCGAAGCUGUUGCAUAUAUGGAAGAAAGGCCCACGAGAAAUUAAGGGAUUCAAUUACUUGAGACGUCUAGAAGUAUGGACAUGUAAUAGUUUGAAAUGUUUAUUCACACCAUCCAUAGCAAAACUUCUUGUGAAAUUAGAGCGCAUAGCCGUAUGUCAUUGCAAUGAAAUGGAAGAAAUCCUUGCAAAAGAACCGGGAGAUGAAGAGAAUAGAGAUGUGAUUGCAUUUCCUCUAGUGAAGGUCCUCACUCUCCAGCAUUUACCAAAGUUGGAAUGUUUUUACAUAGAAGAUAAUCAUGCUUUUGAAUGGCCAUCUCUGGAAAUAAUACAAAUAAAUGAAUGCCCCAAAUUAAAAAUGUUUGUUUCAACAAGUACAAAAACACCUAUGCUAAAGGGAGUGCGUACGGGAUACAAAGUUUUUCAACCAAUGGUAGAAGGAGACCUCAAUGCCACCAUACAACACAUCAUCAAGGAAAAGGUACUACUCAGAACACCCUUUGUGGCUUGGUCGACAUUGCUGAAACUCUAUGAAAACUGUGUUUUGUGAUGCUAUUAUGUGUUGUUGGAAUUGCAGAUUUUAUGUGGAUGGUUUUUGUAACUUAUUAUAUGGAUGAUUUUUGCAACCUAGUAUGAUAGAUCUGAGUUUUUUUAUUUAGCAUAAAAGAUGUGUGUAUUGUACGAAUUGGGUUGUAAUCUGGGUGUUUCUUUUUGUGCUGUUGUUAUGUGUUGUUGACAUGAGCACAAGUAUGUUGCUAGACAUGGUAAUUUCUUGUUGGAAGUGCAGAUUUGUGUAGGUGUUUUUUGUAA